GAUUAUCCCUCUGGCUCUACCACGCCACCCCCGCACCCCACCAGCUGAGCAGCUGACCUUCACCUUCCCCAUCUCCAUUCUUAUUUUCGAAGCGAAAACCAAAAACUCUGAUAACAACUUCCCCAAAAUUCCGCAAACCCAAACCCCAGACCCCAGACCCUAGCUAGCCCGUGUUCAAAAAAUAAAAUGUAUUCUGCCACUUUCUCCCGUCGCUUCCUCUUCCACCCCUCCAACACUAACACUAACACCUUCUCGCGUCGCCACAUUCUCUUUUCUUCAAAUUCCUUCCGAAUCCCAUUCCUCUGCUUCUUUCGACCCUUGCAUCCACUGCGCACAACCACUCGCUACCACCACCACCGCCAUCUCUCCGCUUCCCUCGCCUACCACACCAAUCUCUCCCUCUCUUGGCUCUCUCCCCCUGACGACGACGAGUUCCGCGGUUGGGCCUUCCUCGAGUAUCCGGCCCAGCCCAAGCCUACCAACAAAGGGUUUCCUUCCUAUGUGGUAGUAGGCAUUGGGACUACGCUUGCUGUUCUUGUUGCUCUGCUUGCUACGCUCUCUCUAACAAGGAAAGGAUUCAAGAUUCAAUUCAGAGAUCCGAUGCAUGUUUUGCAAGGGAAAUGGAGUACUGUCAAGAUUCAAGAUGAUCGAAACAAGACUGCAGAGUUUGAGUCGAAUAGUGAGAGCAGUUUGACUACCGAGGCAGCGGAGGAGGCUGUCCCUGCCCCUGUUACUGCCCCUGAAACGGCAACACUGGAAAAGCUUGAUCGUAUUAUAGUCCCAGUUUCUGUGGAUGCUACACAAGAAGAAGCAUUAUUAGUCUUAAAGACUUUGAAGAUAAUUGAUGAUGAUGUUGAAGCCUGUCAACUAUGUACCAGAAGAGAGUUUGCCAGAUGGCUAGUUAAAUUGAAUUCUUCUCUUGAAAGUUAUUUCUGUGUCUUUCUAGGAACCCCAAACACAGGAUUGCUCCAAUUAUAUCACUUUCUGAGUCCGCAGUUACUGCAUUUGAUGAUGUCAGUGUGGAAGACCCUGAUUUUAGAUCCAUUCAAGGUUAAAGCCUUAGCAGAAGCUGGUGUAGUCCCCAGCAAAUUGUAUUCAAAGGAUAAUUCUGGUUCUGGUGGAUUAAACAGCAAAGAUAACAUAAAUUUUUGUCCUGAUAGAUUCAUCUCAAGACAGGAUCUAAUAGACUGGAAAGCUCAGUUGGAGUAUGAAUUUUUUUCUGGAGUUACUGAUCAGAUAUCAAUUAAAAAAGCAGGCUAUAUGGAUGUGAAGGAGAUCACUUCACCUGCAGUGUACAUGGACAUGUUGGCAGGAGAUAGUAGUAUACUCAGAAAAGUUUUUGGACAGAGCAAGCGAUUUCAGCCAAACAAACCAUCAUCAAACGCACAAGUAGCAGUGGCUCUGACAAGUGGCAGGAUGAAGGAAGCAAUUUCUGCUGAAUUGUCAAGAAUAGAAGCUGAGAAUUCUGUCAGGCAAGCUGAAGCAGAAGAGAUCAGGUUUGAGCUGCUUAGCCGAGGAGACAUACAGAAGUUUUGGGAUCAGAAGUAUAGUGAGGAGAAAAAUCGAGGUGUUGAUCUAGAAAGGAUUUAUCAUGAUGCAGUUAACACUUUGGAGAAAGAAAAGAGUAACCAAGAUAAGAUAUAUGCAGAAUAUUUGAAAGAAAAGAUGGCGAUGGAUUGUCAGAAGCAGCUGCUACUUAAUUUAAAGAAAGAAGUUGAUGAGAUAUCAGAAAGGCUUGCAUCAGAGAGAGUCAUAUAUCUCGAUGAAAAUCAAACUGUACAGAAGUUGCUCAGUGAUUUAAAGUCCAAGCAUGAAGAAAUACUUGACACCAAGUCCACACUGGAAGCUGAGAAAGAAGCUCUUCAGAUUCUUAGAUCAUGGGUGGAGGAUGAGGCAAGAAGAAGCCAAGCUCGCGCAGCUGUUCUUGAAGAGGUGGGAAGAAGAUGGAAAUGGGAUGACCAAGUUUGAAUGGGUACAUGUCCUGUGAGAGUGUAAAUUACUAUAAUUCUUCUGUUUGCUGAAAGCAGAAAUUCAUUAGCUUAUCAAAUUCUAAAGAAAGAACUUUGCACUUUUUGCUGUGUUAUCAUGUCUGUAUAAGUAUAUCAAUAUGCAAGUCAUUUGCAGGGUUUUAAUUG